GAGGAAAGGGGUUGCUGAGGAGCCAGCUCUGGGGGCAGGGGGUAAUUCUGCUUUCUCUUCUCCAACUUUCUGGAGCCCCAAGGAGAAGGCUGGCCACAGAGACCUUGCAAUAACCCGUCCUGGCAUAAAGGUACCGGACGACAGGUCCCCCGCGACACAGGCCUGACCCUUGCUCAGCAGCUGUACCGUGAGCCCUGGAAUGGCAGGCGCGGGGCCGGACUGUGCGCCUGGAAGCACACACUCCGGACUGUGAGCCCGGAGUCCACGGCUGCUCAGGAGCAAACCCGCCACGACACGGCUCUCCAGGAGAACUAAGCCACGCCCGCUCGACUCUACGAGUGAAGAUCACAAUCUGCUGCAUAUGCAUGAGGGGACCACGGGCCCGUGAUUUGGGGCUCCCCAGCUUUCGCCUGAUUAAAAAUUCUCCGGUCCUGAAGAACCCGGCACCCCAUAAUUUCUUAAAAGUACAUAGGAGUCCUUCAAAGCGUUGUCUGUGGCGGAAAUUGGGGGAGGGCCCGGCGAAGGUGGUCUCAUGUGGGGCCAUAGGAUCAGGCGUCCGCCGUGGGGAGCUCGAUCCCGCGAGGGGUCCUCGUCCGGCUCGACUAGAAGACGAAGGGGGCGUCUCCCCAGUUUCUGCGGCGUUGGUGGAGAGCUGAGGUGGAGGCAGGCUGCGGCAGCGACGGCGACGGUGGCGGCGGCGCCAUGGCAGGGCUCGCAGGAUCCCUGCUGCCUUGGUGAUCCCGGGCUGACAGCCAGAGAGCACAGCGGCUCAGCUCCUGGAGAGAGGGUUGAAGAAAGCGGAGGGCAGCCGCCUGCGCCCGCUGCCUCCCAUUAGGUCGGUUCCUGCAGCGGUGCCCGGCAGCCUUGGCGAAGGCCCUGCCCGGCAGAGAUCAUGUAUUGCCUCCAGUGGCUGCUGCCCGUCCUCCUCAUCCCCAAGCCCCUCAACCCCGCCCUGUGGUUCAGCCACUCCAUGUUCAUGGGCUUCUACCUGCUCAGCUUCCUCCUGGAGCGGAAGCCUUGCACAAUUUGUGCCUUGGUUUUCCUGGCAGCUCUGUUCCUCAUCUGCUAUAGCUGCUGGGGAAACUGUUUCCUGUACCACUGCUCGGAUUCCCCGCUUCCAGAAUCAGCACACGACCCUGGUGUUGUGGGCACCUAACAGCUGCCCUGUUAGCUUUCUACGGAAGCAGAAGACGGGAGGGGAGGCAUUGACAUAGGUCAUAAAGCAUUGGAGUUUCAAAUCCCGCAGUCCCGCGGGUGCCACAUUCCUGACGGCGCCUUUUUGGCCUGUGAUGUUUUAUCCUUAUAAUGUGAAUAAUGGCACUGACCUGUGCUUUUAUUGUAGAGUCCUAUAGUCGUGGGUGGUCUUGUGAUUGUGUGUGUUCUGUCCCCAUCUGGGUCCCGGCUGGCAGGAUGGCCUCUCCCCUCGCCUCAUUACAGCGAGGAGUCUACAUCCAUCCUAGUCAACUGCCCUAGGCAGAUAAAAUGCCAGUCUCCUUGUCACCUCUGUGACCCCUCCUUGUCAGGGUCCCUCUCCUUCCCAGAAUGUUACUGACACCUCAGUCCUUCUCCUGUUUUCCCUUUAGUUCUCUUCUACCCUUUCCUUUUUUUUGGGAGCACCUGUUCAAGACAGGGCUCAUUUUUGCACUUAUCUCGAAUUUGAAGAGAUUGCUGAUGCCCGAGAGCCUCGCUUUUUCAUCCUCCUUCCCCUUUUCAGCAGGCUAGACAGAAACAUGUCUUGACUGUUCAUUGUCUACAAACCUCCAGUGUUUCCUCUGCUUCAUUUUUAAGAGAGAAGCAACAGAUAGAGGUUGUUCUUUCACCUGAGUGUCUGGGCUCCCGCUCCCCAGCCCAGCCUCGCUUCCUUUGCCCUUCCUUCCUGCCUUUCUCAGCAUCCUGAGAGGGGGCCUCCUGUGUCUCCUGUGCAUGCUCUGCAGGAUGGAGGUAUGGUGUGUUUGUGUAGAGCUAGUGGUCCCCUGCUGAGUGAAUGGGAACAUUCUUGUGUGUUUCAUAGCAGCCGUGAUCCCCUUGAUAGGUGUUUGGAUAUUUUUCAGUGUGCCCUGUGUGUGUGUGUGUGUGUGUGUGUGUGUGUGUGUGUGUGUGUACGUGCAAAUACAUGUAUGUAUUCCUUUUAAAGAAGCUUUACCGAAUGUGUUCUGAUUUUGAGGUUUAGCAGUAGCUAGCUGUAUGUAGUAGGUACCGCUGCAGUUUUUAUUUAGCAUGGGGAUUGCAGAGUGACCAGCACACUGGACUCCAAGGUGAUUCAUACAAGACACAGGGGAGCAGUGGCCAUCGUCCUCCCGCCAGGAGCUUCUUCGUUCCUGCGCAAGUAGACUGUAUGUUAUGAAGAACACACAGGAAGACUCUGUGACUGGCACUCGCUUUUUUAUUUCUCAGCACUUCAGUAACAAGUGUUGGCAAACAAGACUUUCUCCUGGCCCCUGCCCACUGGGGAUCAGCAUGGUUGUCCUUCGAGUCGGAACCAUUCCUCUCUCUUGCCUGAGGAGGGAGGGAAGCAGGCCAGGCAGAGGACAGAACUGGAGGCAGUCCAUCUAGGGAAUGGGACUGUGAGGCCACACUUGUGAAACAUUUGGACUGCUGUUGUAGAGCUUUUAUUUCUGGUGUGUUCGUUGCACAGCUGUUUGAAAUGUUUAAUAAAGCUUUAUAAACUUUA